UUGGUUGAUCAUCUCCAGAGACUGGUGAAGUGCCGCUAUGAGCAACACUGGGAAGCAGGCAGGACCAGGGUCCACUGUUCCAACUGAGGUGCCCAAACGAAAGAGGGGACGGCCAAGGAAGCAGCCGCAGGAGCCUGUUGGGCCAUUGCCACCCAAGAAACCUCGUGGAAGGCCCAAAGGAAGCAUAAAGCUGAGUGCUGGGAGUGGACAGAUGGUACACACCUCAGUUGAAAAAAGGCCCAGGGGUCGACCACGGAAAUGGCUUGUUGGCCAGGAGGAAGAAUUUCAGAAAGCUAGCAUUCAAGGGAGGAGCAACCCAAGUUCUAACACAUCGUGCCCUGCCACAGAAGGCACAUCUGGAAAAGGAUGUCACAGGAUCAACAGAAGUACAGAACCCAGUAGAUCAUUGGACUCCUCUCCAGCUGUGGUUCAGCAGCAGGCGGCUUGUUGAUGUGUCUCUAAAGUAAAAUAUAUUACCAUCAUAGAGUUGGAAGGGGCCUUAUUGUUUGAUGUGGGAAAUCUAGAGCUAGAUCACACACCCCCCCAACAGAUUGCCUCUGUUUGAAGACCUCCAGUGAUGGAGAGACCAUCACCCCUCCAGGGAAUUGGUUUAUAUUGUCAAACUGCUCUUGCCAUCAAGAAGUGUCCCCUGGUUGGCCACCAUGGGACCUUCCAACUCUUUGUUCUAAUAUAUUAAAUUCCUUCUCUGCCCUAACUGUGUCAAGCGAAUCCCAAUGCUUGUUCUUCUCCCAUGCUGUUGAUAUCAAUUUUUGCCCAGUCCAAUAGCCAUCUCUCACAAGA